CAAAGAAGACCUGCACAUUCCUCUCUCCCUUUUGAUGAGUCAGUUUACCGGAGUGGUAUAAGAGCCACACAACUCCUCUUUGUUCCGUACUAUACUAGUUCCUCCUCCGACUUAUCUUGAUGGAUACCUCCACGCCUGAACCCAAGCGCUCAAGACGACGGACAGGAGAUGUUUUUAAACAACCGACGAAGCACUUGAGACGAGGGAAGGCAUGCUUGAAUUGUCGUUUUCUCAAAAUUAAAUGCGACGGAGUUAAGCCUACGUGUGGCCAGUGUAUACGAGUCCCGAAGGAUGACCCUUGUGAAUAUACGGAUGGUCCCUCGAGAACCAUUCUACUUCAACAAAACGUCGCUCAGCUUCAGGCCCGUAUUCGAGAACUCGAACAAUCAAAGUCGACAUCUCCACAGCCUUCAAUCGGCGUCGAUUACCCUAGCCAAUACCUUUCUUGUUCCUCUACCGCUUCCAGUUCGGGAGAGUCCUCGAGCAGUCGAUUUCAUUCGCCUGCUCCACCACCUCCCUAUUACUCUCCUCCGUCUUUGGUCGAAGUACUGCCUCAGACCCAAACCGUCUUUCACUCGUCCUUGGACGUCGAGGUCAUGAAUGAUAUCAUGCUUCCAGAAAUAUUUCUCCCGCAUGCCGCCCAGUUCGGCUUCUUCCUCAACGCUGAUCGCUUUAGGAAGACAGUUCAAAACCAACCUUCCUUUAGCGAUUCUCCCUCUCCCUCUCCCUGGAAAGCCCUACUUUCGACCGUCAACCUCUGGGGCGUCCACCUCUCCGAGUCACCGAUUGGUCCAAGCUCUCCUCGAGAGGCGGAUCUGCUGCAAAGUGCUCUCAGCCAUACCGCCAUGCAGAUCUCCUCUGGACUCCAGAGUUUCCAAACAAUACAGUUAAUCCAAGCGAAAGCCCUCCUAGCGGCGUAUUUCCUGCGGAAAAACCAGUUCAUGGAUUCAGACUAUCAUAUCAGUGGCGCCGUUUCACUCUGCCUCUCACUCGGGCUCCAUAAACUGAACUACUCCAGAUCCACGCACUCGAAGACACCUUGUGGCGUUAUGGGCGCAGGUACCGAAGACCAUGUGGAGAUCGAAGAGCGCAUUCGCGGUUUUUGGACAGUCUUUGCUUUGCAGAGGCAUAUAUUAAUGGUUCAACAACCCUCUUCGUGCGCCUUUGGUAAUUUGAAUUCGUGUCAAGAGAUCACCACGCCUUGGCCAAUUAGGAUAGGUGACUCUGUGUCGCCCCCACCGGAAUCGCUUGGGACCCUGAGAGAUUUCUGGUGUGAAACUGAUAUCGGCUCUUCGAAUUUUGCGGCAGGGGUAUCAGAUCUUGACAUGUACGUCAAGGCGACCAUCUUGUUACAAAAAGCUGUUUAUUACCUUACGAAAAUUGAAAAUAAUUCCGAAUCAGAUUUCAAUUCGCUAUACCACGGUUGCAUAUCCCUAAACGACCUAAUCUCACGGUUCCGCAUCUCCCUCCCACCUCUGAUCUCAUUACUCCAAGAAUAUUCUAUCGCCUCCGAUGACAUCGAACCCCACAAACGCCAGUCAAUCCAAACACUCGUGACGGCACACGCCAUCACUUCCUGUGCUCAACUAAAGGUACGGCAAGCCAUGGCCGCAUGCGGCAUCGAGCCAUCAGAUCCAGACACGGCACUUCCGUGUGGUGGCGGUGGCAUGAUUGACCUUGCCCUCGGAAUCCUUCAAUCGUACUACACUCUAGGAAGCUCCGGCUGCGGCCCGUUCAACCCGGUAUCAAGUAGCCUGUGUGGUAUGGCUUAUGAAUUUAUCCUUCGGGAACAAGCACGGGUAGAAUUCCAAUCCGUGGGAUUGUAUUGGCUGGAACGAGACCUCCCGGGUUUGCCGUUACCACAUCGGUGUCAAGGUGUCCCAUCGUCGGAGAAGAAGUCGAGGAUUUUGGUGGUAGUUGAGAAAAGUAAGAGCAUUAUGAAUUAUUUGUCGACGGCUUGUCCUUCUAUCAAUUAUCAGUUCGAGAAGGUGACGAAACUCUAUGAUGAUCAUGUUCCGAAGUCGAUUGGGCCAUAGCGAUGAACGUAGUAAUCUCUGCUACAACCCCUCGGUUUCCUUCCAACUCUUCAUUCAACUCCCUUCAAAUCAACGCCCACCUCACGCACCGCCUUACACUGGCUUCACACUGACAUUUAAUUAUUCAUAUUGUACUAUUAUUCAUGGACUAUAGUCACCAUAUGUAUGUAUCAUCUAGUUCCAGUCGUUGUUUCGAGUAUAAUGGAUCUUAAACACAACGUAACAA